CUCAUCCGCCGUCGAACUCUCAGGAGGCUUAUCUGGUGACAUCUUUACCUUCUGCGCUCAUCAGGCCCCGCAGCCAUGGAUGUGCCAACCACCACAAUCACUCAAAAGGGCGUCAUGAAGACCGAGGACCAUCGCCACAGCCUUGAACAUGAGAACUCUUCGGAUUCCGGUGGGCAGCAGGUUCCCGCAAUCACUGCUGCCAUGGAGAAACGUCUGAGGACAAAGAUUGAUUUCGCCAUUUGUCCGAUGGCCUGUCUUCUUUACAUUUGUUGUUUUAUUGAUCGCGCCAAUAUAGGUAACGCGAGAAUUGCUGGGCUCGAGCAGGAGGUCGGUCUGCGUGGGUACGACUUCAACAUAGCCCUGACCUGCUUCUCAACUGCGUAUAUAAUAUUCCAGAUACCCAUGAACAUCUGCUGCAAAUGGAUUGGACCCGGCUGGUUUCUGCCCGGAUGCACCCUCGCCUUUGGUAUCGCCUCGAUCGGCACGGGGCUUGUGCGCACUCCAGGCCAGCUCUUCGCCGUACGCUUUCUGGUCGGUGCUUUCGAGAGCGUGGUGAUGCCAGGAAUGGCGUAUUAUCUUUCUCGAUGGUACUGCCGCGCAGAGCUCGGCUUCCGCCUGUCUUUGUAUAUCGCCAUGGCCCCACUGGCCGCAGCAUUUGGCGGCCUGUUGGCUUCGGCCAUUCUCACCAUCCCAGGCAUCGGGAUGCUACAUGGAUGGCGAUUGAUAUUUUUCGUUGAGGGAAUCAUCACUGUCGGGGUUUCUAUCGUGGCAUUCUUCCUCAUGACUGAUCGACCGGAGACUGCUCGAUGGCUGACACCCGAGGAACGUCGAUUGGUGGCACAUCGCGUCUCGGCGGAGAGACUGGCAGGGAACGUUCUGCUGGACAAGAUGAACCGCACGAAAUUGUGGCGUGGAAUCGCCAAUCCCAUCACACUGGCCACGGGCUUUAUGCUCUGUAUGAACGCCUUGACGGUCCAGGGCCUGGGGAACUUUCUACCGACUGUCGUGGCUUCCAUCUAUCCAGACGCGCCAGUAACGAGGCAGCAGCUGUACACUGUGCCACCAAAUGUCGUCGGGGCCGUACUCACAGUGGCACUCUCCGGGCUCUCGUGGGCCAUCGACAGGCGGCAAAUUAUCAUGACCUUGACCGCCCUGCCGGUUCUCACUGGCUAUGCCAUAUUCCUCGGGACGCUUAACCCACACGCUCGCUAUGCGGCGACAUUUCUGAUCGCCAGUACGCUAUAUACCAUGGGCAGCAUGACCAAUGCGCAAAUCAGCUGCAAUGUUGUCAAUGACAGUGGUCGAACGGCGGCAAUGGCGACAAACGUGAUGGUUUCUGCUUUCGGGGGCCUCGUCUCGACGUGGGCUUUCCUGCCGUUUGAUGGGCCCUACUACCCCAUCGCCAACGGCAUCAACCUGGGGACAUCAAGCACGUGGUGUUUAGUUGGAGUUGCGACAGAAAUGUGGAUGCGCUUUGAUAACCGACAGAGGGAUUCAAAGAGAUCUACGGUCGAGCUAGCUGGCUUGAGCAAGGAAGAAGUCCAGAAUCUUGACUGGAAGCAUCCUGACUUCAGAUGGCGACCUUAG